UAGCAAAACAAUCACCCAGCUCCAGGCUAGGCAGAGUGACCAAAUCGAUCCCAACACCCUCUUAUUGCUUGAAUUGAGAAGAAGGUGUUGAUUUCAUCGAGAGAGAGAGAGAGAGAGAGAUGGCAUCAGGGUGGGGAAUCACAGGGAACAAAGGGCGUUGCUACGACUUUUGGGUUGACUUCAGCGAGUGUAUGUCUCGAUGCCGCGAGCCCAAGGACUGUACUCUUCUCCGGGAAGACUACCUCGAGUGCCUCCACCAUUCCAAAGAGUUCCAACGAAGAAACCGGAUUUACAAGGAGGAGCAGCGUAAAAUUAGAGCAGCUGCCAGGAAGAAGAAGGAGGGUGAGAAUGUUGAUCAUCAUCAUGCAUAGCAGUUGGUCAUUAUCUUUUGAAGUCAAAAUAAUGAUGAAGCAAGCCAUAUUGUAUUUUUUCUGGACUAGAUUCUUACUUCAUGUUGUGGAUCUGUUUUGUUUGUGCUGGAAUUGGUAUAGACCUCUCUGGUCUAUGCAAUAAAACAAAGAUUAAUUUCUUUUUUCUUGCAA